AUGUUAUAUAUAUAUAAUUUAAUUUAUAUAAUUUACUGCUUAUUAAAUACUACGUUACGUUUUAAAUAUAUAUUUUAUUUUUUAUUUUUUUAUACCUUAAAUAUAAAGGAAAUUAAUAAAAUUAAAAUUAAAAUGUAUAUAAAAACAAGUUAAGUAUUAUAUAAUAAAAGUUACUUUUUAAUAUAUAUUGUGGGGCGCUGGUAUUCCUUGCGCAAUUUGGCGUUGAAUUUUUUUUUGGAAAAGCGAGCGGUACUUUUGUCCCCCGGGUGUAGUAGCUGUCUGUAUGCCUACCGGGUACCUAUACUCCCUCGUUGCUCU